UCGGUGUAGAAUUUCCAAAAAUCCUCUCUUAGUGCUCACCUACACUUCCCAGGGAACCUACAUGCCAAAUUUCAGCAUUCUACGGCCAGUAGAUUCGGCUGUUCGUUGUCUGUCAGUGAGUAACUCACUCAGUAACGGAAGAAUUUUAUAUGUGUAGAUUAGUAUUACAUAAACAGUUGAUUUGUUGAUUUAAAAUGAAUUUGACCUAACUGUUUACGUAAAGGCUUCAAAUCUGAUGUAUGUAUAGUAAAUUGGUUUUAAUUUGUUAAUGGAUCGGAAAUAGCCAGCCGGUUUUUGACUUGGCUGAACUGGCUGGCGCGUGUCUCGAUUUCGUGUAGCUAAUUUAUAUGUUCACAGCAACACGGUACAAUCUGUAUGUUUUACUUAAUUGCAAUCAUGUGUGUGACCGUGUCUGUAGCCAUAUUCGUAACUGAGUUUUAUUAAUUUCAAUUUUACGUGUGAAUAUGAUUUUAAAAAGUCGAUAGAAUGAUGGAAAAUUUUCAAAAAUUGUGGCCACGCAAACACCACUCGCGCCAUUUUAAUUAAUAAUUAUAUAAUUGAUUCAAAAAGUAUCUCACGCGCAAUUUAGAUUAAUACUUAUAUAUGGUUGAUUCCAAUAAUAUGUGAAGUUGGAAGUGACUCUGAGUGAUCUUUGAAUAAAUAAAAAUGUGUGGUGUAUACGCCAAGUCAUAAGGAUUACGUUAAACUACACCUUGGCUUAAAAUCCUAAUUUUAUAUUGUAAAAGAUUUGUAUACAUUUUGAUCUGUGUUUCUGUUUAAGUUGUAAAACGAACUAAGUAUAUUUAUUAUCAAUUUAUGUUGUCGUGAUACAUCAGAUUUGUAGUUAAACUACUUUUGUGUUUAAAAACAAGGAUAAUAAUUGCACGAACAAUGUUAAUAGUGUAUCACAGGUGUGAUAAACAAAAUACUUAUUAACGUAACGAUAGCUAUAAAUUUUGAGAUGUAUUGAGUGAACUAGCACCAAAAAUAAGUUUCUUUAAAUGAACGUGACACCAAUCAAUAUUCCCCAAAGAAUAUACAUAACACAGAAGGAACAAUGUGGUUGGCUAACAUUAUAGUCUUGAUGUGCAUGGAACAGUGGUACUCUAGUGCUAAUUUGUAUAAAUAUUUUGGAGGGAAAACUUUGUAUGAUGACGUCAGAGGCGAUAUACGAAAUGCAUCAAAAUUGAAAGGCUGUGAACCGGUCAGCAUCUGGCUGCUUUCUAGGCACGGCACCCGUAACCCCAGCGAACAAAACUUAAGAGACAUGAAGAAUGCUCUGACUCUAAAGACAGAUAUAAUAAGGAAUCACGAGGAAGGCCGGGGAGAAUUAGGGGAUAUGGAAAUAAAAGAAUUACGAGAAUACGAAUGGAAUCCGGAUUUAGACGCAACACCAUACCUUCUUAUCACUAGAGGUUACAAGGAAUUGAAUGAAUAUGCUGAUAGAAUAAACGUAACCUAUUUCUCCCUACUGAAGAGACUGAAAGCCCAUCACAUUAGGCCUACAAAUGAACAAAGGACGAUUGAGAGCGCCAGGAGUUUUGUUGCUGGGCUAGAUGACUCACUGGAAUACGAGAUAGAAGCUCCAUUGGACAAGAAAAAAGAUUUUAUGUUAUUGCCUUAUUUGAGCUGUGACCUUCACACAAGAGAAGCGUGGAAUGUGACGAAACGACUGUCAGAAAUACGAAAAUAUUAUCAAACCGCUGAAUUCCAGGAAGUCUUGGCAAGCGUCCAAAAACGAUUAGGUAUCCAAGCACAGCUGAGUCCAAUUAACGUCACUGGACUAUACAACCUGUGUUGGUCUCAACGUUCCACCUUGUUGACUGGAACCUCACCGUGGUGCAAACUGUUCACAAACCGAGACCUGGAGGUACUCGAAUAUAUACAAGACAUAAAUUCUAACCUUAGAAGUGGCUACGGAUUUCCGUUUAACGGCCAUCUUGGACGAUUGGUGCUAAGCGAUUUGCUAAAGAAGUUUCAAGCCGAAGUGUAUAAUACAAAACCUACAUUCACCGCUUUCUUCGCACACGACAGUCUGAUAGACAUGGUCUAUUGUGCGUUAGGACUUUUCCACGACGAGAAUGGCAUCGACGCUAAGAGGAGGAACCCCCAUCGCAAAUGGCGAUCAAGUAAAAUAACCCCAUUUGCUGCUAACAUUUUAGCAGUUUUGCACAAGUGCAGAUCUUCAUAAACGAAAAAUGUCAGAAGGUGUGUUCGAAGAAAAUCUGCACUUGGACUGAAUUCGAGGAAAAAUUGAAGCCAUAUUUGAACAGCGACCUUGCAUUUUGUGAAGAAUAGGAAUAGGAAUUUUAUUUUUAUUUUUUUUAUUUAGAUAAUUUGGUAAUUUCCCCUACAAUAAGGUUUAUCUCUAAUAGCUGUAAUAUGCCAUAACAGCGGACCCUGGUCUCCGACGCUCAACAGCUGAGGAGCAACUGGGAAAACCUUUGAUGAAAGAGAGUUGUGUGUUAUGUCAUCCUAAUUAAUAUAGAUGCAAAAGUAACUAAAGUAAAUGCAAAAGUUUGUUUGUUACCUCUCCACUCUCUAUAUACUCCAACAAUCUUCUUGCAUGUAAUGUUGUUUGAUGUAUGGAAAAGGACAUAAAAAAUCAUCAUCCCGGAAAAAUAACUGUACCUUUGGUAAAUUAAGUAAACCAGCAAAUUAAGCAGAAAAUAAUUGUCUGAUCUAUCGCUCGCCGCUGGCACUUGGUCCUGGCAGAAGGGGGAAACCCAAGAAGUGCUGGCUUACUUCAGAGUAUGAAGGAUAAGAGAACUAUGUAGUAUAAGAAUCAGAGAACCCUGUAGCAAAAGAUACAAUGAUAGAAUAAAAAGAUUGUAAAUUACUGUGUAAAAA